AUGAAGAGAUACACAAUCACAGACUACAUCACCGCACACUGGACCACACACAAUUUGCUGCUACAUCCCCCAAAGCCCAAAGGCAAAGAUGAAGUGGCUCCGCAUCAGCCCCACAUAAGGCCGAGUCUGGUCCGGUCUGGUCCCGGGGGCUCUGGGGGCUCUGGGGGCUCUGGGCGGCUGAUCUCUGGAUUUGGGGCUGUGGUUUGGAGCUGGGAUUGUUCCACGCCACAGUUAGCCCUCUCCCUCACUCUGGACACUGCUCUCUCCCUCACUCUGGACACUGCCCUCUCCCUCACUCUGGACACUGCUCUCUCCCUCACUCUGGACACUGCCCUCUCCCUCACUCUGGACACUGCUCUCUCCCUCACUCUGGACACUGCCCUCUCCCUCACUCUGGACACUGCCCUCUCCCUCACUCUGGACACUGCUCUCUCCCUCACUCUGGACACUGCCCUCUCCCUCACUCUGGACACUGCUCUCUCCCUCACUCCGGACACUGCUCUCUCCCUCACUCCGGACACUGCCCUCUCCCUCACUCUGGACACUGCUCUCUCCCUCACUCCGGACACUGCUCUCUCCCUCACUCCGGACACUGCUCUCUCCCUCACUCUGGACACUACCCUCUCCCUCACUCUGGACAAUGCCCUCUCCCUCACUCUGGACACUGCCCUCUCCCUCACUCUGGACACUGCUCUCUCCCUCACUCUGGACACUGCCCUCUCCCUCACUCUGGACACUGCCCUCUCCCUCACUCUGGACACUGCCCUCUCCCUCACUCUGGACACUGCUCUCUCCCUCACUCUGGACACUGCCCUCUCCCUCACUCUGGACACUGCCCUCUCCCUCACUCUGGACACUGCCCUCUCCUCACUCUGGACACGACGGGACAUUGAUCCUCUCCAUCACCGAGGUCUGCGUUCAGAUGGAAGCCUUCGGAUCUAA